GUUGGAAUUGCGCUUGCGCAGCAGCCGGGACCGCUCCGGGACCGCGCCGUCUAGUCAUGGACAGCAAAGUGCUGAUUAUCCAAGCAAGAAAGAGGAGGACAAAGGUCAAGAAGCUGAACAAGAAGCCGGAGCCCCACCCCAGGGGUGCUUCUCAACAAGCAGAGUCCCCACUCCAAGACAAUGAUGAGGAGAUCCUGGGCUCCGAUGACGAGGAACAAGAGGAUCCCAAUGAUUACUGCAAGGGGGGUUAUCAUCAUGUGAGGAUUGGCGACCUCUACAAUGGAAGGUACCAUGUGAUCCGCAAAUUGGGAUGGGGGCACUUCUCCACCGUGUGGUUGGCCUGGGACAUCCAGGGAAAGCGCUUUGUAGCCAUGAAGGUGGUGAAGAGCGCAGAACAUUACACCGAGACGGCCCUGGAUGAGAUCAAGAUCCUUCGAUCGGUUAGAAAUUCAGACCCCAGUGACCCCAAUAGGGAGAGGGUUGUCCAGCUUCUUGAUGACUUCAAAAUCUUCGGUGUGAACGGGACCCAUGUGUGCAUGGUGUUUGAGGUUCUGGGACAUCACCUGCUCAAGUGCAUCAUUAAAUCCAGCUACCAGGGCCUGCCACUGUCUUGUGUGAAAAGCAUCAUCCGUCAGGUUCUCCAAGGCCUCGACUACCUGCAUACCAAAUGCAAAAUCAUCCAUACUGAUAUCAAACCAGAGAAUAUACUGUUGAGUGUGAAUGAGCACUACGUGCGGAGGCUAGCUGUCGAAGCUACGGAAUGGCAGAGAUCCGGGGCACCUCCCCCCUCUGGGUCUGCAGUGAGCACUGCUCCACCACCAAAAUCGACAGUUAAGAUGUCCAGGAACAAGAAGAAGAAGAUGAAGAAGAAGCAAAAGCGGCAGGCAGAGCUGUUGGAGAAGCGUAUACUGGAGUUGGAGCAAGGGACCGUAUUUACUGAGAAUGGUGAGGAAGAAGAGUCGGAAACCCCCGAAGAACCUCCCCGUGGCCCUCCCAGACAGCCCACACUGCAAAACAUUAUUAAUGAAGAAGUCAGUGCCGAGAGGUGGGGUCAAGAGAGCAUCACAGAGGUGAACUGUAAUGGACAUGCCCACCAAGUUAGUGAGGAAGAUGACAGGAGGCGAGUCCUAAGGAGAGAUGAAGACUACCGCAAUUCCAACAACAAGGAGGAGGACCCACAGCUUAGUGCUACCUACCAAGCAUUCAACGGCACAAUGGCCUGUGACACCACUCACCUAGACCUCACCCAUGAUGCCAAACAGGUGGCAGGAAGCUUGUUGGUAAACCCCUUGGACCCCCUCAAUGCAGAGAAGAUCAAAGUCAAGAUUGCUGACCUUGGCAAUGCCUGCUGGGUGCACAAGCAUUUCACAGAUGACAUCCAGACAAGGCAGUAUCGGUCACUCGAGGUCCUGAUCGGAGCGGGGUACGGCACACCUGCUGACAUCUGGAGCACAGCAUGCAUGGCAUUUGAGCUGGCCACUGGGGACUACUUGUUUGAACCUCACUCUGGAGAAGACUACUCGAGAGAUGAAGACCACAUUGCACUCAUCAUUGAACUUCUGGGAAAAAUUCCUCGAAAGCUCAUCAUGGCUGGCAAAUAUUGCAAGGAAUUCUUCACAAAGAAAGGGGACCUAAGGCACAUCACCAAACUAAAACCAUGGGGCCUGUUUGAUGUGCUGGUGGAGAAGUACGAGUGGGAGCGACAGGAUGCCCAGGCCUUCACCGACUUCCUGUUGCCUAUGUUGGAGCUGGUCCCUGAAAAGAGGGCCACAGCCACAGAGUGUCUGCAACACCCAUGGUUUGCUACCUAGAGGUUGGUGCAGACAUUAUCUCUCUUGUACACAAGUUUUAAGGCAAACACAGAUCAGGCGACCGCCCUUCUGCACCCAGUAGCUCCAUUUUUUGGAAUGUCAGGCAUGAGUGAUGGCAAGACAGGAGGAGGAUAGUCCAACAUGACAGGUUUAAUGUUAAGUUUUUCAUUUUUUUUGUAUUCGUUACUGGAUAUUGGAUAAUUAUGUGUCUUUAUGUUUGUGUUUCCUUACUCGUGUGUUCAUGACAACUAUCUGUAGUGAUACAUAGAUUUUGCCUUUACUUUCUUUAAAAGCUUGACACUGAGGAUUUGUAGUUGGGGAGGGGGUGGUGCUGACACAUACCCCAAUUACAAAAAUUCAUUACAUAUGAAAGUCCUUCACAGUGUUUCCAUCAAUGCCUGUAAAACUGCCCUGUUCUCUUUGUCAAGACAAAAUAGUUGUGCUUGCUGAAAUUAUUUUUUAUGUUUUAUGUGCUUAAUACUAAGUAAAAGGCUGAGAAGUAGUGUAGCUCUCUAAAUCAAGGUGCACAGAAUCUAAGUAGUGUGUUAAAAAACAAACAGCGUAGAGGUGCAGCUUGUAAUGGGAAAUGGGAAGUACUGUAUCACUGCAGGGCAUGAGAGGAGAGCAGUGGUGGGACCAGGCUAGACUUGCUUUCACAAGAAUGCUGGACAGCCAAAGGAGUGCUGGAUCAUGGAAACUGCUCUAGAGACUAUGGUCAGUUAGGUCAGCAACCCUUCAAAACCGAGUCGUUCGUAUGAGAUGCUAAUGUACAUAAUUUUUUCUCUGGGCUCCAUGGUUUACAUAUCUUAUUGUGUCAAUUGUAAUAUACACGUUAAGACUUGUCUUAAAUGGUCCUUUUUGCCUUGUUGCAAAAACUGAAUGAUGACAAUGAUUUUUCAUGAGAGCAGUUGAAAGGUACCACAAAACAGAUCUGGUGACAGCAGAAACUGGCACUGUGUUUUAUGAGGAAUGACUUUGGCAUAUUGAAAUAACAUGAAAGCAUUGACCACCUGUAUGUUGUAACUUUAGAACGGCUCUAUUACAUAUCAAGUAACACUGAUACUGAUGUGUUGCUGGAACUCUUUAGUUGGGUGGAUGAUAAUACAAUGUACUUAUGAAUGCGUGAAGGGAAGUCUUGCUGUCUGUCUGCCAGGCUUGGCUAUAUUUUAGCUGCUGUUAUUUCUUGUUUUUUUUUCUUUUUCUUUUUUCUUUUUCUUAGCUUAUGAUGCUUUUGUACACUCUGCUUUUUUCCCUUUGCUGAAGACCCAGGAGUUGGGUCUUAAUGAAUGGUGAAGGCUGCCUUCCCAUGAGUCUUCAG